GGGCGUGACAGCAGGGGCGUGGUCCAAGGUCGGAGACCUAAGUCUUGGCACCGGAGUUUGCAGAUUUCCCCAACAAGUUUCCAGUCUGGUCUGUCGGUUUCUGCUAUGGGCCUGGAACUGUACCUGGAUCUGCUGUCCCAGCCCUGCCGCGCCAUUUACAUCUUCGCCAAGAAGAACGGCAUCCCCUUCGAGCUGCGCACCGUGGAUCUGAUCAAAGGUCAGCACCUCAGCGAUGCCUUUUCCCAGGUGAACCCCUUGAAGAAGGUGCCAGCCUUGAAGGACGGGGACUUCACCUUGAGUGAGAGUGUGGCCAUCCUGCUCUACCUGACACACAAAUAUAAGGUCCCUGACCACUGGUACCCUCAGGACCUGCAGGCCCGAGCGCGUGUGGAUGAGUACCUGGCAUGGCAGCACACGACUCUGCGGAGAAGCUGCCUCCGGGCUUUGUGGCAUAAGGUGAUGUUCCCUGUUUUCCUGGGUGAGCCGGUAUCUCCCCAGACACUGGCAGCCACCCUGGCAGAGCUGGAUGUGAACGUGCAGUUGCUCGAGGACAAGUUCCUCCAGAACAAGGCCUUCCUCGCCGGGCCUCACAUCUCCUUAGCUGACCUGGUGGCCAUCACGGAGCUGAUGCAUCCUGUGGGUGCUGGCUGCCAAGUCUUCGAAGGCCGACUCAAGCUGGCCGCAUGGCGGAAUCACGUGGAGGCAGCAGUGGGGGAAGACCUCUUCCAGGAGGCCCAUGAGAUCAUUCUGAAGGCCAAGGACUUUCCACCUGCAGACCCCACCACAAAGCAGAAGUUGAUGCCCAGGGUACUGGCCAUGAUCCAGUGAGCUGGGAAACCUCACCCCUGCACUGCCCUCAGCAGUUCACAAAGUACUUUCAUUUUCUUUCUUUCUUUCUUUUUUUUUUUUUGAGACAGAGUCUUGCUCUGUUGCCUAUGUUGGAGUGCAAUGGUGCCAUCUCGGCUCACUGCAGCCUCCACCUCUCGGGUUCAAGUGAUUCUCCUGCUUCAGCAUCCCCAGCAGCUGGGAUUACAGCUGCCCACCACUGUGUCCAGCCAAUUGUUGUAGUUUUAGUAGAGACAGGGUUUUACCAUGUUGGUCAGGCUAGUCUCGAACUCCUGAUCUCGUGAUUCAUCCGCCUCGGCCUCCAAAAGUGGUGAGAUUACAGGCAUGGGCCACCACACCCGGCCAUCACUUUCAUUUCUAAUGGCCCAUGGGACCGAGGCCCAGAGAGCAGGAAUGGCUUGCUUAAGACUUGCCCAAGUCCCAGAGCGCCUCAGCUCCCCAGGCCACCGUCCCUACCCUGUCUUCCACAGCUGCCUGAAAGCCACCAUGAGAAUGAUGCACACUGAGACCUUGUGUCCUUCAAUCACUGCAUUUCAAGUUUGGAUAAUAAACCUGAGCUCAGCCUGAGCCUCUGCUUCUAA